AUGGCCCGCUUUCUUGCCGUAGCAGCAUGUCUGUCUGUGAUUGCCUCGGCCCAUCCACUGUCGGCCAGGCUGUAUCCUACAGUCCUACGCAGAGACACCACGGCAGCCAGCGUUGAGCCUGCAUCGGCCAUUUCCCUCUACUAUCAGGAUGUCAACUCCAGCUCCAUUGGGGCUCUCGUCCAAGCCGACUUGCAUCUCCCCUCCAUCGUCCUCGAAGACGUCAAUGACGUGUCAAGCGUGACCUGCUCCGCUGAAAGCGUGACGGUGAAGUUCAAUUCGACCACCACCUUCAACCAAGCAUACACUUCCUGGCCUCGCUCAGACCUCCUCCUCGUCACCAACCACCUGGGCAACUGCGACGCGGAAGCCGAGCGCGGAAUCUACCACGCAGCCUCUCUCCUCUUCGACGCCUCCACUCUAACCAUCACCGCCUCCACCAGCAAAACCAACCUCCAGGAGCAAGCCAAAACCGUCACCAUCGCCUUCGGGCACCCCGUCCCAUCCAAACACAAGCGCGAGCUCGCCGCCAGCGUCGACCUCGCCUGGUCAGGCGACCUCAUCCGCACCACCGGGCUAACCAUCCACGCCAACGAAGCCACCCUCGACGCUGCCGUAACCAUCGACGGGGUCAUCGCAUACAACAUCGAGACCAAAACCGCCACAACCCUCGGCCUCGACAUCGCCGUCGCGCUCGACUCGACGCUCAGCCUCUCCGUCUCGGCCGCAGGGUCGUUCCUGCGCAACGUCUACACCUACAAAUGGAGCCCCAUCGAGGGCGCGGGCUUCUCCAUCCCCGGGAUCCUGACCGUGGGGCCGGUGCUUGAUCUCAACGUCGGGGUCGACAUGGGGAUGAACGGGACGGCAGAUGUCAGCAGCAACAUGACCAUGGCGACGAACGGGCUGUUCCAUCUCGAUCUGCUCAAUAUGACGGAUAGUUCGGCGAGUGGUGUCGCGCCGACAGCGACGACCACGUCGAGAAUGGACACCGCGGCGGAUAUGCAGCUGGAUCCGUUCGUUGGGGUGGAGGUGGGCGUGACUGUGAAUCUGUUCGAGGGGCUGCUUGAUUUGUCGUCUGGGUUGGCGGCCCGCGCCACGGUGGUGAAUGUGUUUAAUGUUGAUGCGGAUAUGGUGGUUGGUGCGGAUGGGAAUGUCACGCUGGUUCCUCCGGCGGAUGGCAGCGGGGGCUGCCAGAAUGGGUAUUGGUUUACGAGCGACUUUUGGUUUAAUGUCACGGCGAAGAUGACGGCGCUGUUUACGGCGGAUCUGUAUCAUUUUGAUAUGCCUAUGAUUCAGACCGAGUGUAUUGCCUUUUAG